UCCCUCGAAUUCAAUAUAAAAGGAGAGCUGUUUUCGUGACAGACAACAGCAUCUCCAAAGACCUUCGUAGAAGACACACGUCUCUCUCCCAAGAUGAAGACCUUCGCCGCCGCUGUCUGCGCCCUCCUAGUCUGCAGCGUCUACGCUGACAAGGACGAGAAGGUCGAAGCUCGUGGUGGCCUCUUGGGUGCUGGCCUCGGAGGUUACGGCGCUGGUGUCGGAGGACCCGGUCUUGUCGGGGCCGGUCUCGGAGGCGUUGGCCUUGGCGGUGGAUAUGGCGGAGGCUUCCAGUCCGGCUACGGCAACACUGCCGGGGCCCACCAGGCUGGAUUCCAGGGUGGAGCUGGGGGCUACAACCAGGGCUCAGGAGCAUUCGCUGGCGGCGCCUCCAACAGAAACGUGAACGCUUACAACGAUAACAAGGGCUACAGCCAUAGCUCGGGCUUCUCGUCCUCUGACAGCAAGAGCUUUGGUUCUGGACACAAGCAGGGAUCAUCUGGCUUCCAAGGUGGUGCUGCCGGACACCAGGGAGGCUUUGGACAGCAGUCAUUUGGACACCAAGCCGGAGCUGGCUACGGUGGCGGAUACCUUGGCUGAUUUAUUUAUGCUUCGCACGAGGAAGAACGUCGACUAGCAGGGUCUCACUACAGGAACAUCAAACGUGGAAAUAAACGAUUAUUUGUUGUACUUGAGAACAAA